AUGGUGUGCGACGGAAACCCAUCAAUGAAUUCAAUAGGUGACAGUACAAAAGCGAAAUUCGGUGAAACGAUGGUAUUUUCGAUUAUGCUUCCCUCAUUCACCGCACCACCACAGGAGAUUAAGCGCAAGAAGAGCCGUCUUGAGAUCUUUGUCGAUUUUCUUCAAACGAAAACCGCUAAAACAUUGGUCAUGCUGAUCUUCUUCGUCCACGUUGGGGUAAGCACUUACCUGGCCACUGAAGUGAGCACCGACUUUAACAUGGAAAAUCUCUAUCUGGAAGGAUCACCUCUUACGGACAUUCACGGCAAAUGCAGACGCAAUCUCCUCGCCACCUACCCAUCUUUCCAUGUGAUGUCUCAUCAUCCGUUCGAGAAGGUGCCAACUGAAAGCGCUGCCAGUGCUCCUAAGAACUUCCUGCAGACUGCAGUAUCUGCUAUCAUCUUGAUGUCCAUACUGGUACUUCUAUUCGUUAUGAAUUGGGAGGCGAUUAUCUCCGUGGUUGUGUCGAUCGUUUCCAUUUGCUUAGGUAUCGUCGCUUAUCUGCACUUGUGGGGUGUCUGUCUGGACGCUGUUUCUUUAAUUAGUAUUCUGAUGUCGGUCGGAUUCUCUGUUGACUACUCUGCUCACGUCUGCUAUCAUUACUUCGCCCACGCUGCUGAAGAAGAACGCAAUCAGAAGGACGAGUCGGAUUCGAUCGAGUCCGGUAGCAGCGGUAGUAAUCAAUCGAUCAAUAAACCGUUGAAGAAGUCAUCGAAAGAGGAAUCGGUGAAGAGGCUGCUGGCCACAUUCCAUGGUGUCGGAUGGCCAGUAGUACAGAGUGGCUUGAGCACUAUAAUCGGCAUGUUACCGCUGAUGUUUGUUCGAGCCUACGUCGUAGCAGUUUUCUGGAAAACGGUUCUAUUAGUAGGAAUUCUAGGCAUGUUCCAUGCUCUACUAUUACUACCGGUAAUUUUCCUGCUAACGGAAGAUAUCAAAAGGUUUUUCAAGAAUAGGUAG